AUGCAUCCCAUGGCCGGCCUUCCAGGAAGCAGGAGUCUCUGGCUCCUGGACCCCCGCAGCACCUCCCUAGCCCUGUUCAUGGGGCUCUUGUUAGUGCUGGUCAUGAGGACCUUGGUGUUUGGCAAGUUUUCUGCCAGCAAUCCAGGAGCCCCUCCGCUACCGGAGUUUCCCAGACGCCUGCGCUGCUAUCGGUGCCUCUUGGAGACCAAGGCGCUGGGGUGCCUUCUGGGACCCGACACCUGUGCCGCCCCUCAGGGCAGCAGCUGCAUCACAGUGCACGUCAAGAACAGUAACAACAUUGACUUCAUGGUGAGUGACUGCCGUCGCCCGGAACACCAGAGUGACUGCUCGCACACCGGAAACUCGGCAGUGUCUGGCUUCUCCAUAUACUCUCGCUGCUGCUUCAUGGAUCUCUGCAAUGAUCCUCUCAGCAGAGCAAUCUACAGCCAGUAGAACUGUGCCUCCAUUCUGGUCACCCUCUCGCCUUCCCCCUGGCUUCCGCCAGGGCAAUUUUGGACUCUUCACAUCCAUCCCCCCUAACUCCCUUGAAUCACCUGACCCCCAACCUUAGCUCUCCUCUGGGUGCUCCCCUCCCCCAGCUCCUUUCCCUGGAUUUCCUGGGGUUUUCCCAUCAGGUCCUUAUAAUCCAUCAUCGUUCCUGCUCUCCUCUCUCCAAGGCCCCAGAGGCUCCCCCAGAAU